AUGGCUCCAAGAUCCCGGCAACGAAGGCACAAGAAACCCCCCUCAUCGGUGACUCCCAUGGUUGUGACCCCACCCACAGUUGUGACCUCUGUGCCUCUGACCCUCUCAAAACCUGACCCUAGCGUUGAUGCACUUGGCUUCUUCUCCUUGGACAAUAAUGUUCCUGGCCUAUCCCAGCUAAUCCUUCAAAAGCUAAACAUGAAGAGCUAUGAAGAAUACAAGUUGGUGCUAGAUGGGGGUGCUUCUGUAUCAGGCUUUGGAUUUGGAUGCCUUCAAGAAAUGUUCCAGAAGAUGGAGGACACAUUCCGAUUCUGUGCUCACUGUAGAGCUCUUCCUAGUGGCCUUUCAGACUCCAAGGUCCUACGUCAGUGCAAGAGGUGCAGAAAUGUCUAUUACUGUGGUCCAGAGUGCCAGAGGUCGGACUGGCCAGAGCACAGGAAGGUUUGUCAAGAGCUGCGUCUGGUAGCUGUGGACCGUCUCAUGGAAUGGCUUCUAGUCACAGGUGCUUUUGUCCUACCUUCAGGACCUUGGCCAUGCCUGGCUGAAGUUGUACAGGGCUGGGAUACCUGGUUUUCUUUGCGGUGUUUACAGCUAGAUGCUACACUGGAUGCUGUACUAGGCAGUCAUGCCAUGACCACCCUGUGGGCCAACGUGGGACGGCCAAAGCCAGACCCAGAUGUCCUGCAGGGCUCUUUGAAACGGCUGCUGACAGAUGCCCUAUCACGGCCCUUGACACUGGGCCUUGGGCUUCGGGCCUUGGGGAUAGAUGUUUGGAAGAUUGGGGGAAGCACAGUGCAUGUGGUUGGUGCUUCCCAUGUGGAGACAUUCCUCACUCGCCCUGGGGACUAUGAUGAGCUUGGCUACAUGUUUCCUGGACACCUAGGCCUCCGUGUGAUCAUGGUGGGUAUAGACGUAUCUGCUGGCUUUACAAAGAGCACCUCAACUUCCCCCCUGGAACCUGGCACAGUUCAGCUUAGUGGCCAUAGGGGCCUCUAUCAUGACUUCUGGGAGGAGCAGGUAGAGACUGGACAGAUAACCCAUCCAGAUUUGGUGGUGGCAUUCCAUCCAGGUUUCCAUGCUUCCCCAGACUUGAUGGAGGCUUGGCUGCCCACCCUCCUGCUACUUCGUGAUUAUGAGAUCCCUACAUUGAUCACUGUUUACAGCCAUCAGGAAUUGGCAGCUUCUUUGCAGAUUCUGGUGGACCUGGAUACACACAUCACUGCCUAUGGAGCUAACCCUUUCGCGUCCCUCAAACCUGAACAGGUCUAUUCCAACCCCAACAAGCAACCAGUAUAUUGCAGUGCCUACUAUAUUAUGUUUCUUGGAAGUUCCUGCCAGCUGGAUAAGAAGCAACUGGAAGAGAAAGUAGAUGGUGAGGUUUAA